AUGGCUCCAUCAGAAAUCCAUGAAGAUAUGGUGAGGACCUUAACAGACAAUGCUCCUUCAUAUGCAACAGUCAAACGCUGGGUAAAUAAAUUCCAGCGUGGCAGGGGGAGUUUGGAAGAUGAUCCAACACCAGGAAGGCCUCCAACUGCAACCACCGAGGACAACAUUGACCUUGCUCUUGGUAUGAUAAUGCAAGAUCGUCGAAUAUCAUGUCGUCAGAUAGCCGAGAGAGUGGUCAUCUCAACUGAAAGAGCAGACAACAUUGUGACAAAACAACUUGGGUUCUCAAAGGUUUCUGCAAGGUGGGUCCCUCGACUUUUGACUCCUGAACAGAAACGCACCAGGUGCACUUUGUCCACGAGCAAUCUGGAACUGUUUGAAGCCGAUGAAGAGAAUUUUCUUGCUCGUUUCAUUACUAUGGACGAAAGCUGGGUUCAUCACUACCAGCCUGAAACCAAAGAACAAUCAAAGCGUAUUUAUAAAUGUGUGUACAAGCACACGUGUGAGUAUGAAGACUAUCUCAGCGUACUUCAACAAUUUCGACAGUCUCUGGGGAAGAUCACGCUUUCUGAAUUCCUUGAUACUGUCGUGAAACAGAAGUAA